AUGCCCAUAUUUUUGGAAAGAACUCACGGCGCCCCCGUAGAGGACGCCGAGAGUCACGAAAACGAGCCAUGGGACAACAUCUACUCCGGAACAAGUGUGUGGCGUUGGCCGGUGGAAGUCUUGUACCAACGGUACCAUUUGUUGAUAGCCAUUGAUUUUGGGGUUUCGAUCGUCGGUGUUUCAAGGAAUGGAACGGUGCUGGUUGACAAGGUGCCGUUUGCCAUCCAAUCUGUGUUGGAUGUAGUUAAAAAAACAAUGCAAACACGUGAAAAGGAAAAAAAUGAAAUAAAGCAUUGGGUCGACAUGCACGUGGAGGAGUCAGAGCGUCACAACAUCCUUCGGCAAGUGUGGAACCCCCGAAUUGAUAUUUCCAUCGUCCUGAUUAAUUUGCCCGGGGCGGAGGGGAGUGCGUUGACGUCCGUUUCUUCAAAUUUCUCCUCAUCGGGGACAGGCUGCGCGGCUGACGUGGAGGGACAUCAUGCGCACCUGUUUCCGGCGGGUGCGUUGCCGUUUCCUGCAUUUGAGGGCGAAUUCCCCGGUGAUGCACACUGUCAUCCUCACUUGGUUCCCUUGAUGACGCGCUGUGACGCGGGGUUGGUGCUGAGCGACGAAAGCCUUUUGCCUCGAUUGGAAAAAAUAUUGAGAGACCAUGAAGAGGCAUGCUGUUCGCGACUGGUUGGUGCUUGGCCUGAGAAGAGUCUGUUUGCCACCAUGGAGCAUCUUAUUCGUUUGAUUCCAGAGCGCUCUGCGCAUUGCACGAGUCUUGUAGUUAUUGGUAAUGCCGAUAAGGGCGGAUCGCAUGAUAGUGUUUCAUUGCUGGAAAGCUCUGUGAGAAGGAAAAACAUUAUUCUUUCUCUCUUAUUUCUGAACGAGACGAAUCUGUUCUUUGAUUCAAGUACGAAUGCCUUGUCGCAGUUCUUGUCGGCCGUUGGUGGCUUUGGUGUUUAUUUCAAUGAAUGGCUCUCACUGGCGGCUCCAAGGCUUAAUAUCGACUGGUGUCGUCGUUUUGGGGGCCCACGUUGCUUGGCCCAACAAUUAUUUGUGCAACUGGACAACAAAUUUCCUGUAAGCGUGGAUCAUGUUUCGCAGAAUAUGCCCACAACAGCUGCUGACCGGGCUGGUGAUUGUUGUGUCCUGUACAACUCUGACAAUGUUCUUGAAGAUUUUACUUUGUUGCGUGUAAGUGAUGUUACUUGUGUACUUCGUUGUGUGGCGGAGGCCCGAAUCAAUGAGGGGUGGAGUGUUGUGAUGAAUCACAGCACAGAGAACCCUCAUGUUGCUCAUCUAUAUGCUCGUUUUCAUUGCCAUCCUCGACGUGGAAAGCUUUUUAUUUUGUACGAGAUGGAAAUUACUCAUCCGGUGGCAUAUCGCCGUGUGGUGGUCUCUGGCUCAAAGGACCUUGUGGAAUACUUUGUGAGGGCGAAGGAUGAUGGCAGGACUGUCGUACCCGCACAGACGGAGAAGAAAACAGGGUGGUUGAUGUACCUUGCAAUAUUGCGUUCUCAAUUGCGUCAUUGGAUGCUUGCAGAGCAAGUGGCUCUUCUGUGCCUGUUGGCUUCACAGCCAAUCCGCCGACCCCUUCUGAAAGACAUUCAGGAGCUUUCGUUCUCUGAGGGAGUCUCUGCAGGGUGGUCCGCACACUGCAGUGUCCGCUCCAUUGGGCUUUUCUUUCGGUGGGAGGAUGGGUCUGUUGCACUUC